AUGAUUGGUAAACCUGAAAUGAUGAGACAUAUUUGUCAUGCAAGUGAUGUUGAACAAGCAGAAGAAAUUUUACAAAGAUGGAAAACAGAACAGGUAGGAAAAUUACCAGAACCAGGUUGGGUGACACCUAUUAAAGUGAUCUCGAGACAAAAAGCCGCCGAAGCACAAGCCAGAGGGAUUGGCGAGAUUUUUUCACAGAUGGAAGAAGCAGGAUUAAAGAAAGGUAGUUUAAAGGUCGUGAAUGGGAUGCCUACUUCAGAUAGUCAAUCAAGUAUUAAAAGCAAUAUUUUAGAAGCUUUAGGAUCACCUCUUACACAACCCAUUCAACUUGAUAGGAUUUUAAAGGAUGAAGAAUUGGAUGAUGAUGAGGCUCAAAGAACUAUGAUUGUUCAUCCUGAUCGGAGUAGACCAUUGAUGGAUUUUUCAGAACCGAUUGGAAGAUCAGGAUCAGAGAGUAGACCUUCUUCUCCUUCUGGUUUGAAAAACGUUCCGGAGGAUGAAGCGAUUGAAGAGACUGGUACCAGGAGUUUUAUUCCUAGUCUUCAAACUGUUGAGAAAGCAGUAGCGGCUAAAGUGUUCUUUGAACAACAUUACUCAGAACAGAACAAUAUACGAAUGGCAUGGGUUUUGAGUGAAACGAAUUAUUUAAGAGAGAUCAGAUCUCGAGUAGGAAUGAAUAGUUUUAUCAAGUUAAAGACGAUUGGACAUGGAGCCUUUGGAGUGGUAUCAUUAGUGAAAGAAAAACAUACAGGAGAAUUAUUAGCCAUGAAACAAUUAAAAAAAUCGGAUAUGUUAAGGAAAGGACAAGAAGGACAUGUGAGAGCUGAAAGAGAUUUGAUGUCUUUGGCUUCAUCUUCUUCUAAAUGGAUCGUUAGAUUGAUCUAUUCAUUUCAAGAUUUAGAUCAUUUGUAUCUUGUGAUGGAAUAUAUGAUUGGAGGUGAUAUGUUAAAUUUAUUGAUUGAAAAAGAUAAGUUUUCGGAAGAGAUGUCAAAGUUUUAUAUUGCUGAAAUGAUCCUUGCUAUUGAAGAAGCUCAUAGAUUAGGCUUUAUUCAUCGAGAUAUUAAACCUGAUAAUUUUUUGUUUGAUAGGGAUGGUCAUUUAAAGAUUACUGAUUUUGGUUUAGCUACGGAUUUUCAUUGGGCUCAUGAUGGAGCUUAUUAUGAUCAUCAACGAUUAGUAUUGCUUCAUAAACAUGGAAUUGAUUUAGAAGAUGGAUUACCAGAGAUACGAAAACAUGAUCAAGCUUAUUUUGUUAGAGAUAUCUUGAGAAAUGAAUCUGAUUUGAAUCAGACUGAAUUUCCUACUUCUUAUUCUGAUCGAGUCUUGACGAUCCGAGAUCGGAAUCGUAAGAAAUUGGCAUUCUCUGUUGUAGGCACUAAUAAUUACAUGGCACCUGAAGUUUUAAAAUCAACUGGAUAUGAUGAAGCAUGCGAUUGGUGGAGUAUGGGAGUGAUCUUAUUCGAGAUGUUAUUUGGUUAUGCACCUUUUAUGGCCAGAUCACGUCAAAUCACCCGAACGAAAAUCAUUCAAUGGAGAAGCACAUUACAAUUCCCAAACGAACCUGAUGUAUCAAAUCAAGCUAAAGAUUUCAUUCAAAGUUUGAUUUGUGAUCGAGCUGAUCGAUUAGGAUCACGUGGGAUUCCAAUCUCUUCUUCACUUCAUUCUUCUCGUCCUACUUCAUUUUAUAAUUCGGUUUCGAAAAAGUUUCAGGAUGGGAUUUCUACUCAAACUUUUUCGGGUCCUAGUUCGGCUAUGAAAGAUGGUGCAAAUCAGAUUAGAGCUCAUCCUUGGUUUUCAAAUAUUGAUUUUGAUACAAUUCAUCUUCAAACACCACCUUUUGUUCCAGAGAUUUCAGAUGAAACAGAUACAAGAUAUUUUGAAGAAGAUAUAGAUGAUCAUCCAUUAGAAGUACCGGGAUUGAAAGUGAAUGAAGGAAAUGAUGUCCAAACAAGAGAUCCAUUACUUGGAGAUAAAACUCAUGGAGCCCAACUUUUAGAGACACGAAAAUCACACGCGUUUGUAGGUUAUACGUUUAAAGGACCUAAACGAACGGUCUUUGAUCCUAGAAGAGGUGUGAUUUUGGAUUCUGGAUUUAUGAGACCUGAUGCGCCGGAUCUGAAGCUCGAAGAAUCGGAUCAGCUUGAAGGUCAUGGGUCUUUGGAAUCGGAUUUAAAGGAAGAUUUGAAAUCUUGUUUUGAUACUCAAGCUUUGAAUACAAACCACAUUGAUGAAGAUGAUGAUGAAGGGGAUCAGAGAAAGUUUUCAAGGAUUAAUAAGAUUCGUAGUAUGUCAUUUUGA